AUGGGGUGUUUUUGUAUCGCGUUGUGAAUAGCAUUUUUCCCCUUUCUCCUUGAGAUAAAAGGAGAAGAGAAGGGAAAUCGUAAAAGAUUCUUCCAGUUAUUAUGAUGUCCUCUUUGUAACUGCAAACGGGAUACAACAAUACGGAACUUUUGCUUUUGUUGAGAGCUGUUCAAAGCACGGCGGACUUUGGACGCGCCGGUUAACAUUUUUGUCGUCUGCAGUACUGCUCCAAUCUUUGAGCUCAGUUUGGGAAGCUCGAAGAGUUGUUCGAGCAGCGAGUGCGUAAACUUGUACGCACGGGAUCUCGCCCAGUCAGGAAUUUGGCCGUAAAAGGCCUGAAGUAGGAAAAAAGCAGAUUUCGGGGAGAAAGGCGGCGGUUUUUCCCGCAUUUCAUCGUAAGCUCGACCUGAUCUAGUCUCUUUGGAAGUUUUUGGAAUAACACAUUUUGUUUUGAGGGAUCGAAACCAUGGCAAACAACGGCGAGGCUGACGAUAUGGAGUCGAAUGCCGCGAGUCGAAUAGCGGCGAGGAGAAGGGAGCGUGCCGCUGCAUCGGGGUCGGGGGAAGGAGGCGAGGAAGGGGCUGCUGGCGGAGCGAGUGGAGGCAGACCAGAGAGAAAGAAGAGGGAAAAGAAGGGAGGAGCUGGAGGAGGAGGAGCAAAAGGCGGAAAGGGUGGAAGAUUCGGGAAGAAGAGGGAGAAACGUAGAGGAACGGGUAUCGUGGUUUUAGAUGAUGAUGAAGGAGGUGACGGCGGACAGGAAGGUGGACAGGAAGCCAAUGGUGCUAGUCAUAAUGGAAACGAUCAUGCGUGCCAGGAUGAAGGAGAACAAUCAUCAGAUGAUGAGAAUGGAAAUGGUAGCAGUGUAGAUCCAGAAGAAUCAAGUGAAAGGAGAACAGGGAGGAUAGAAGCUGAUGAUAAUGAAGAAGACGAAAGAUCAGCAGAAGAAGUCCAAAGAAUGUUAAAUCGAGAGAAGAGAUCUAACAAGAGGUUACAACGGAAGCUCGAACAGUCGCAGGAAAGGGUUCUUAUUCUAGAGCAAGAAGUCCAGAUACUAACACAAGAUUUGGAAGCUGCAGAGGAUGAAUUGGACCAGGUGAAGGACGAGAAUCGAGCAUUACUAAAAGCAUUGGCCAAGUUAGGCAGUUAGGCCAUGGUAUAUAUGUAUAGCCCCCUCUACUGUUAGGACAGAGAAUAACUGAUAGCAACUCACAGUGGCAGACUGACCACAGCGGGAAAUAAACAGAUGCAACUGUGCAACAUGGAUGAAGAGCAUGAAUCCUCAAGAGUCAGCAAUGGCAUAUGUAUUUACUUUGUAUUGUCUCAUUCAGUUAGGGAUGGUACUUUUGGCAUAUCAGAAGGAAUAUAAUUCCUUAUCCCAGUAAAAACUGUGAUGUUGUCAGGUGUACAUAAAAAAACUACACCAGU